CCAGUACAGACAAACAACUGUACGUACAGGUCGGACCGGCUUUCCUGUGAGUUGGAGCCAUGCGUGUCCGUGUUGGACGUCGCGUUUUCUUUUAGCGCGUCUCCCACCAACAAAAAUCAAAGGAUUCAUCUGGAUAAAACCUCAGAGGAGUCACACAUCGACACUUGAGAUCUGAUGCUACCUGCCAUCACCAUGGAAACGGAGGCCAGUCACAUGCUGGAGGCUGCACUGGAGCAGAUGGACGACAUCAUUGCAGGUUCGAAAGUUGCAGUGAUGGAGUUUUCCAGCAGCAUGUAUGACCUGGGUUCUCCUGUCAGCGCCGGUCCACUGCAGGUCGUUCAGUUAGCCGAAGAUCUCAAACUUGCUUUGGAACUUCAACCCAACCAGGAGGAGAAAGAAAACCUCAGAUCACAGCUUCCAGCUGAAACGGCACAGGCUCUCAUCGACUGGCUGCAGAGUGGAACUGUGAACCUCUGUUCUCCAUCCAACAAUGAAACCUACCAAGAACGACUGCUCCGACUAGAGGGAGACAAGGAGUCUCUGGUGCUGCAGGUAAGAGUCCUGACUGACCAGGUGGAGGCGCAAGGAGAGAAGAUCAGAGACCUGGAGAGUUCUUUGGAGGAGCAUCGGCAGAAGCUGGCCUCUACUGAGGAGAUGCUCCAGCAGGAGCUGGUCAGCAGGACCUCACUGGAGACUCAGAAGUUGGAUCUGAUGGAUGAGGUGUCCUACCUCAAACUGAAGCUGGUCAGCAUGGAGGAGAAUCACUCUAACACAUACUCGCAGGACCAUGUGAACACAAAGCAGAACAAAGCGGAGUGUGUGGUAAAUCUCAUCAGUGAGCUCCAGGAGCAGAUGUGCAGGUUUCAAGAGGAGAUCAGCACUCGCAUCCAGGAGAAACGGGCCCUUGAGGAGAAGGAAGCCCGGCAGGGGGAGCCCGGAGGAUGCUCAGCCCAGGGCUGCAGUCCUCAAGUCGGGCUAACUGGCUCAAACCCGAUUCUGUCUGGCUCCGAUACCUGGAAACACAAGGGAGGACAGUCUGUGCACGAUUUGGUACAAGAAGUUAAGCAGCUGAAGAGCAAAGUGGAGGAGCUGGAAGGAGAGAAGGGCCAGUAUGAGAGGAAACUCCGAGCCACCAAGGCAGAAAUCUCAGAGCUGCAGCAGAUAUUGGCCUCCAAAGAUGCUGAAAUCGAGUGCCUGCAGACCCAGCUGCUGACCAGAGGCGGCAACGCCAAUGACAACGCAGAGCGAGACCAGGAAUACCAAAGGUUGAAGGUGGGGAUGGAGUCUUUGUUAGCUUCAAAUGAUGAAAAGGAUCGACGUAUAGAGGAGUUGACUAUUCUGCUCGGUCAGUACAGAAAGAUAAAGGAGGUCAUCACACUCACGCAGGGGAGUAGUGAAGAGGAGCUAAGUGGCAGUUUGAAGCUCAGAGCCAUCACUCAGAAAGCACACUCUGACAUCAUGAGAUCAGAGAUGUCAUCCAGAGGAUCUUCUCCACUCAUGCUAUCCUCGUCCCCUUUCCAGAGAGAACUGGAUUCAAGUUUCCAAAACUCAAUGGACACAUCGCUGGUGGCCAUAGGAGACAUGACUUUCUUAAAUGGAUCAUGGCAUCGGCGCAGGUUACUCUCCAGCAGCCUGGAAGAGCUGCAGAGUGGAUCUUUACAAAAGGCUGUUGAGAUCCAGCCAGUUGAAAGUGAAUCAGACAUAGGGGCAGAGAACCCCCAUAUGGAGCUCAGUAAGUACCAGACUCUGCCGGGAAAACUGAGUAAAAAGAGUGAACCGAGGGCUGAGCUGAACGGCGACAGAGGGAGAGACGAGUAUUUAUCUCCUGUCCAGCUGUCUCCUGCUCACAGCCAUGAGAAGGACUACAGUCUCAUUCGUUGCAGGAGUGCCAGCGCUCCAGCUUUAGGAUCUCCAGGAAAACAUGACCUCUAUGAUGUUGAGCGUCCAGAGAAAUUGGAGGAGUGUCUGCUGUCAGACCAGUCCCCGCUGUCCUCUGGAGUGGACUCUGGACAACAGUCCCCGGUCUCACCGGAGAGCAGGAAGGAACACAGAGGCAUUAAGAAACUCUGGGGGAAAAUUCGUCGCAGUCAGUCAGGCAGUCCUGUCCAGGUCAAUGACCCAGAGCUGGGAGACUUCAAGAGAGGAGGCUUCAGGGCCACAGCUGGGCCACGAUUGGCCCGUCCGGGGAAAACACGAGAUCUAAAGUUACCAUUUUCUAAGUGGAGCACAGAGCAGGUGUGUGACUGGCUGGAGGACAUUGGACUCGGCCAGUACGGCCUUAUUGCUCGCCACUGGGUCAGCAGCGGUCAAACGCUGCUGUCGGCCACCCCCCAAGACCUAGAGAAGGAGAUGUCGAUCAAGAAUCCCCUCCACAGGAAGAAGCUCCAGUUGUCCAUCAAGGCGUUUUCCAGCAAACAGGCGGAGAAGUCUGCAGAGCUUGACUACGUCUGGGUUACUCGUUGGCUUGACGACAUCGGCCUCCCUCAGUACAAAGACCAGUUUAAUGAAGGAAGAGUUGAUGGACAUAUGCUCCAGUACCUCACUGUGAACGACUUGUUGUUCCUCAAAGUGACCAGCCAGCUGCACCACCUCAGCAUCAAAUGCGCCAUUCAUGUUCUCCAUGUCAACAAGUUCAACCCUAACUGCCUCAAACGAAGGCCCAACAAUGAGUGUCGGUUCACUCCCAGUGAGGUAGUCCAGUGGUCCAACCACCGAGUCAUGGAGUGGCUAAGAUCUGUGGACCUGGCAGAGUACGCUCCCAACCUGAGAGGCAGUGGUGUGCACGGAGGGCUGAUAAUGCUGGAGCCUCGGUUUAACUCUGACACACUGGCCAUGCUACUGAACAUCUCUCCACAAAAAACACUGCUGAGGCGCCACUUAAACACCAAUUUCAACAGCCUGGUGGGAGCUCAGGCUCAGCAAGAGAAGAGAGAGUAUGCCGAAGCAGUGGGUUACACCCCACUCAGCAUCACAGCUAAAGUCAAGCCAAAGAAGUUGGGCUUCUCCAACCUGACUCACCUGAGGAGGAGACGAUCGGAUGAGUCCACAGACUACGUCUGUCCCAUGGAGUCGUACUCGUCUCAGUCGGGCCAGUCCGCAGUGAACGGGGUGCAGAUGCGUCCAUACGCUGGCUUCAGAGGACUGAGCCCCAUAUUGGACAGAGAGCCCGCCAGGGACCAGAUGGCGAACGCAGAGAGUACCAUUUUGCAAAUAGAAGCUUUGUCUGAAAGCAUCAACAACCUCACAUACCUGCUCAGCCGAGAUGAGCUUCGGAAGGAGCUGCGGCGGUCUCAGACGGCGCUGGUCUGAGGGACGAUGGCCCAACGCUGUUGGCUCACUAAUGCUGUCAAACGACCACAGAGACCUCCAGCAACCUGCCUGUCUCACACCUGAACUGCACCUCAUGCCCCAGCCUAACACUGCAGCAUUGAGCUGGUUACAUUUACCUCCUCUGGCUGCUGAUUCCUCAUGUAACACCUGCAACUGCACUGUAGACACAGAGGACUCAGAAACACAAAUGGACCCACAACUUGUGGAUAACAAUCAAUAGCCACUGCUACACAGAAGCCAUUAUGGACUUAUUUCUACUUUUCUUGUUUCCCUAUGCAAUACACACUUUGAUGGUCAUACUAGCUGAGCGCUAUGUAUAAUGUGUUGGUGAGUUGGGGGGAGGGACAAGGACAGAUAAACUGAAAUCUGUUUUUGGGGCGCCUUGAACGCAUCAUCACUAUCUUUUGGCGUUUUGUUAUCAAAACUAACAGGAGCCUGGCCUGGGCUCUAAGUGGUCUGACUGGCCUACUUGCCAAAAAAAUUAAAAAUAAAAAUAAUAAAAAAUCAUGAUGAACUACACUGGUGCAGGGAACUGGACUUCCUGGCACUGUGUUGCACCCACAGACAAUUUGUUCUUGUCAGUCCCUAAUAAUACUGGCAAAAAAUUACUAAUAAAGUUUAAUUUUUUUAAUAAUCAAUACGAACAAAGCACAUGGAGUAGGAACAGCUGGGAGGCAGAGGAACGUGAUGGACUGGGAUAACAGAGGAAAGGGGGAGCAGAAAGGGACCUUUUUUUUCUUUUUUUUUUUAAAUAAAAGCACACCCGGACGAGGUGGGAAAUGUGGGAAAUGAGCAGCAGCAGUCAGCUGCGACAGCAGGUGAGUUCAAGGUUUAGAAUGAUACCGGUGAGAUAGCUGAUGUGUUACAAGCUGCCAACUUUUAUCUGAACUUAAUGGUCACUAGCUGAGAUUCUCCAUGAAUAGUGAUAACGACCCUGGUGCUACCUGCUGUGUCCAGACAUUACUGGUGGUUUAGGAGUAAGGUCCUUUUUAGUAAGUAAGUAACUUCUUAAUUUACCUUUCAAGGACAACCUCAACUUAACGUGCCUCACACAAAAGAAAAACAGUUUUAAAAUUCCAUUCAAACAUUACAAUAGUUGUUAAAUGAUCAAUACAUUACAUACAUAAAAGUUAAUACAUACAAUAGAAAUCUAUUAGUAAAUGGAGUAAAACUAUAUUAAAUCAUAUUUAAAAAAGUAAAUGAGAUUUAAAAAAAAAAACAACUAAAACUAACUGAUUGCAAAAUGCUGCGAAAGAUACAGGGCAGACUUUUACCCAAGCUAGGUCUAGCUAUAGAUGUUUUAUAAAAGGAAAGUUUUUAAAAACAAGUAGAGAUGGAGUCUGAAUCUAGAACUCUGAUUGGGAGCUGGUUCCACAAACCAUGAAACUUGGAGUUUUUAAGGUAACAUGUAACAAGACCAUUAAAAUGUUAAAUUUAAUCCUGGAAGAGAAGAGAAGCCAGGACUGUGGAAAUGUGUUCUCUUCUGUUAAUCCCCAUCAAAACUCUUGCAGUAGUAUUUUGGAUCAGUUGGAGUCUGUUUAAAAUAGAUUUAGGACAAUCUACAAAUACAAAAUUACAAUAAUCUAAUCUGGAAGUGACAAAUGCAUGGAAAAAUCUUUUCGCAAUACUGUGAUUUUUGAUAAAUUAUUUAGGUAAAGGAAGGCAGUUUAAAUAACCUGUUGUAUAUGAGUUUUAAAGGACACACUAUGGUUAAAAAAAAUAAUAAAUAAAUAACACCAAGGUUUCCCACAGUUGUACUCGAGGUCCCAAUGAGAACUUCUACAGAAACUAAAUGACUAAAUCUUCUCCUGAGGUGUUCAGGUCCUUGGGCAAAAAUCUCAGUUUUUUCUGAGGUUAAUAAUAGCAAGUUUGUGGUCAUCCAGUUGUUUGUUGUUAAAACAUCUUGGUAAUACUGUUAGUUAAUUGUUUCAUCUGUUUUCAUUUAUAAGUUCAACUGAGUAUCGUCUGCAUAACAGUGAAAGUUGGUCCUAUAUUGCCUAAUAAUGGCACCCAGUGUAAGCAUGUAUAAAAUAAUAAUGGACAGAGCACUGAACCAUGUGGAACACCGUACUUAACUCUGGUCAAGUGAUGCUGUUCCUCAGCUGAGAGUCCUCAGAUCAGUUUCACUGAAUCAGUUACAAUUACAGAUUAACGAGAAAUGUUUGGUGCUUUAGAUUCUAAACGGAUAAUUCAUUGACUUGGUUUUUUGGAUGACAACUUGUGAUUUCUUUAUAUAGCUCACCUAAAUUCUUUUUUUUUGUUGUUGUUGUUUUGGAGGGUAAAGCAUGGAAUUGAUAACACUUAAGUAUACAUACUUAAGUAUACAUUUAGCAAUUAAAGAGACACAUAUUUUUCUUUUUUACUAGUUUACUGUGAAACUUGGACCAAUGCAGAACUUACCAUAAAAUAAAUGCAGCCUCAUUUGUUUACCAGUGUUUGUCCUGUUUCAAGUCAAAGUAUUCCCAGAGAUAAUGCGAUUGUCUUUGCGAUGUGGAUAUUGCGUAUGGUGGUAUUACAGCUGCGCUCUAUGUUGACCCAGUUUAUUUGCCAAUGAUCUCACAUUUCCUAUUAGGAGGGGAGGAAACUUUUUAAAUUUCCUUUUCCUUUCUUUCCAUUUAGCUGCUGCCCUACAUCAAACAUCAAAGAGCACAGGGGGUCUCAGAGCGUUUGACUGUUCAGAGCUAGUGUGAUUUAGCCAGAAAGCAUCAUUUAUGGUGAGAAGCUAGCUAAAGAAUGCAUAAAACCAAGCAUGGUUUUAACAUGGUACAAGUGGGGUCCACAGUCUCGUCUCCAACUUUCCAGUAUUUGUAAUCUUUAUUCAUGCAUUAGUUAGAUUUUGAAAAGCUUAGUCAGAUUUGCCCACAUGUAAACAACCUGUCCCACUAAAAAUCCCUUAAGCUGCUCAGCAUCCAAACCAGUGCAGAAAAGUUUUAAAUAUUUGGUUUCACAGAAAAAAAUAUCUAGAUCUAGAGGAGAUUCACAUAAAUAUACUAUAUGAGCAGCGUUACUGUAAAAGAUUUUUUUAUUGGAGCAAAGCAAUGUUUCUGAGCAUGCUGGAUGUUUGGUAGCAUCACAUCAGCUUUAUAAGCCAAGCCUGACAGAGACUACUUGUCCGGGACCAAUGUUAAGACCAAAUUUUAAAAAACAGCAUCAAUAUUUUGGUAAGUACAAAAUAUGUUAGCUGACUGAAAAUGUAAGAAAAUAAAUAAAAGUUGAUAUAUUGAAUAUG